CUGGUGCGGCGCCGGGGCCGGCCGGAUAAGGCGGCGGAACCCCGCACGGCGGGCCGAGUUGUGCGGGGAGGACUGUGCGGAGGGACUCGGGGCCGGCGUGUCUGGCUGGCAGCCGGUGAGACGGGGCCGGGCUCGCUGGGUCGGGCCGGCCGGCGGCGGGAGCGGGGCGCCAUGGCCGUGGACAUCACGCUGCUGUUCAAAGCCAGCGUGAAGACGGUGAAGACCCGGAACAAGGCGCUGGGGGUCCCGGCCGGCGAGAGCCCCAGGGAUGAGCUGCUCAAGCGGGGCAGCCAGCGGCCCAAGAGCGACUUCUCCUGCCGGGCCCGCGAGGUGAUUACUAAUAUUGGGAAACUGAAGGAUUUUCUUCUGCAACACAGAAAGGAUUACAUUAAUGCUUACAGCCAUCUUAUGUCGGAAUACAUUAGGAUGACAGACACAGAACGUGAUCAGAUUGAUCAAGAUGCUCAGAUAUUUAUGAGGACAUGUGCUGAUGCCAUUCAACAGCUGAGAACAGAAGCACACAAGAAUGUCCAAUCCCCACAAGUGAGGGAGCACAGAGCAGCCGUCUUGGACUUCACUGAAGAUUAUUUAAAAAGAGUGUGUAAGCUGUACUCUGAACAAAGAGCCGUCCGAGUCAAACGAAUGGUAGAUAAGAAAAGAUUGUCCAGGCUUGAACCUGAACAGAGCAAUAAAGCUCAAGCACCCUCUUUCCCGGAAAAAAUUGUGCAGAAUUCUUCAGAAGAAUCUAAUGAAAAACUUGCUUAUGAGGAAAACAAAGAUCAGAAUCUGACAGAUGCCCACACUAACUUCGGGCUAUGGGGGGAUGGCAAAGGUGAAGAUGAACUGUCACCUGAAGAAAUUCAGAUGUUUGAACAGGAAAACAAGCGACUUGUUGGUGAGAUGAAUAGCCUAUUUGAUGAAGUGAGACAAAUUGAAGGGAAAGUGGUUGAAAUCUCCAGACUUCAAGAGAUAUUCACAGAAAAAGUCUUGCAACAGGACACCGAAAUUGACAAUAUUCAUCAGUUAGUUGUGGGUGCAACAGAAAAUAUCAAAGGCGGUAAUGAAGACAUAAGAGAGGCAAUCCAAAAAAACGCUGGAUUUCGAGUAUGGAUCCUUUUCUUCCUUGUAAUGUGUUCAUUCUCCUUGCUUUUCCUGGACUGGUAUGACAGUUAAUAAAACAAAGCCUGUGUGCUAUGUUUGUAUAAGAUUUAAACAUUCCUCCUCUCAAAGCAGGAUACGCUAUCUGCAAAUGUCAUACUGUUGUGACUGGAAAAUAUUUUCUAGCAAAAAAAAAAAGUAUGUGCAUGUACGUACAAAAAAGUGUGUGUCUGUGUAUGUACCAUUCUUGCAGUGAAUAGAUCAACACCAUUUAAGUCCAUUCCGCAGCUUCAUAAAACAAAAGCUAAAAAUUUUGAAUCAGCUAGCAAGUAAAAAGCAGGCUCAAGUUUAGUAAGUUGCAAGAAAUUUUCAAUAAAAUGUAAAUUAUACAUUUAAGAAAUUAUAGCCUACCACGCCAAUUAGUGGAAAGUUCACAAUGUAGACAAGAUGUACAAUGAAGAAAAUUGUUGCAAUGCAGACAGGGUUGAGCUUUUCUAUCUAUUGUCUCAGGUUUCUUUUUUAGUCACACCACUCAUUACAAAUUGUAAUAACCUUGUACAUCUGUGACAGACACACCUAAUCCUGUAGAAUUAGUUUGGGCAGGGGUCAUUUGUAUUUGUUGGAAAGUAAUUCUCUUAAACACUGUUGUAAAGCUUUACUUAUGCUAGGUUCCAAGAAGUGUCAUAUAUGUUAAAUUAUAGUAAACAUGUGAUGCAACUGAUGUAUUGAGAUGUUGGAGCAAAGCUGAAGAAUAGAGAACAUGGAAGCCAAACUUUUUGAAGUAUUAAAGUUGUUAAUUACCUGUUCAAAAAACAAACCUCAGAAGCUGUUGGAGCCAGGAGCUUAUGAACCACCUCCUGUUGAAGUCAGUGGGAAAACUCCCUUUGACUUCAAGGGCUGCAGCAUCAGUCACCAAAUGAGUUUUAUGUUUCCAGCUGCCUGAAUGUUUUCUUUUGAGGAUAGUAAUUAGUCUUACUGUUCAGCAGAUGGCUGUACAGUGAAGUUGUUUACUGGUCUAAGGUUAAGGGAAAAUAUAUUUAAAUCACAUCUCUGGAGGAUAAUAAUGAAAAGCAAAUCUUAUAAAAUUUGAAUUCAUGUUUUUGGUAAAAAAUUUUGAUUUAAAAGUUCAUUUUAUUGUGUGUCUUGAAAUGUAUGUCAACAUACUGUAUGCAACAGGCAAUAUCAUCCUUAUUCUUUAUUUUGCAUGAAGUGAAAAUGUCAAAAGUUACAUGUGAAUUCAUUUACAUUCAAUAAAGUACAUGUCUACUAGCAGACAAAACAUGGUAUGUUUUAAUGUGUUUACAUGAGUCUGAACUUUUUUAAAAAUGCAAAGAAAAAUUUGGCACAUAAUUUAUUGCUUUUUAUGCAUUCCACACAGCAUAAUAAACAAAGCUUUUUAUAGUUCAUAACUAUAUAAUGCACACUCAUUGUUAUGUUUGGUAUCAAACCUAUAGAAUUGAGAAGCAGUGGCCAUUUUGUACUUUAUUGGUAUGUAAAGUUUUGAUACUAAAUACAUUAAUAAUGGAUUAGAAGAAAACCCAAAAGUGGAGCUGACCAAGUUUGUUCUACUACAGAACUAGACAAAUAACCAAUGGCUUCCUUUCAUUUUUGUAUAGUGCCUACAACAAUGGAACUUUUGACAUGUCCACUAGAAAUAUCACAUUCAAGUAAUAUGAAAGGAAAAGUGAAUCUCAUACCUAAAAGCUUCACACACUUAUUUUGUCUAACUGGCAGAUUAAUAAAAUUAUUUUUGUAAUGCAUAUUUAAGAUUAAAUGAAAAAAUUGUUUCAUACAAAAUAAAUUUGUCAAUACAAUGAAACAUCAAACUUGAACGUGCACCCACAAUACUAGGCUUGUCUACAUCUUUUUUUCCUCCAAAAUCAUACAUAAACAGAGUUAUGCUUCUUCACUCCGUUUUGACAUGUCACUUUAAAACAGCAAGUAGCAUAAAUUAAUACAUUAGUUUCACUUGUGAUGUCCUGUAGUUUAAAACUUAGCAAAUUACAAACAGCAUAGUUAACUCAAAGCAAUUCAGAAUAUAUAUAUAAAAAGGGGAAAAGUGUUAAUGUUGUAUAAAAGGGAUUCUUUUAAAGUGUUACUCCCUCUGUCAUAUCAGACAAAUUACAGAGGGCAGACUACAUCGAGAGUGAAAAGCUUUCUGCCUCUUUCUUCAAUGUGAUCAAAGGAUGUCCUUUCUCAUCAGAACACCCUCCAGUUCAUAAAUUGUUUUUACACAAUCUGAACAAAUCCAUAACUAAAAGUGUGUCUCUCGCUCCACUGUGUCCUAUCUAGUUUGUUUCAGUGCACAUCCUUACUAACAUACUAAAGCAUUGUGGGAAUGUAGUGAAAUUUUGUUGAUAGUAAUAAUAAAACAUUGAGCAUG